AUGACCAUUCUCUGUGACAAGGCCACCGGAAGUAAUGCAGCCGGAGGACCGGACAGUCUCUCUUGGAGCGAGCAGAAUGUGACUACUCUCUGUACGUCAGAAUGCGGCAAGUCGCUGUCCUCUUGGAACUCAGCCGUCGAAACCAGUUGUGAGGGCGAGACAAUUUACAGCAGUGGGACAUUUAUGCUCGCCCAGGCAAUUCCCGCUCUCUGGUAUAAUCGAGCUGAUGAGAUCACGCCAAUUAGAUGGUCACCGGAUGCAUGCUAUAACCAAGACGAGUCUGCCAUUCCCGCGGAAUGCUCUGAUCCAGACUGGUCCAUCACAGAUAUUUCAGACAGUAUGAAGGAUGUGACUAGAUUAUAUGAUCGAAGUUUGGUAAAGGGAAAAUCACCACCCACUAUCACGAGACGAAUGUUAACAAAUCACAGCUAUGCAGUGAAUGUUUCAUCACAAUAUGGCGACAACGUCUGA